AUGGCCGAAGGACGCUCUGAUGGACAAGCACCUGUACCUCCUCCCAAAAGGAGAAGACUCAAAUUUAAUGGCCCACAAAGGUUUGUCUACGCAGAAGAGAGUGCUGUCAAUAUGGCUUCAAAAGGCGUCGUGCCUAAAAACACGGUUCGUGUCAACUCUUGGGUAGAGAGUACUUUUAAUGGUUGGGUGGCCUUUCGAUCUGAUACAGAUGAUCCUGUUCCAAGUGAUAUUCUCUCCAGUAACGAUCCUGAAGAGAUUAAUAAGUGGCUAUGUAAAUUUGUACUGGAGGUUCGUCAACAGUCUGGUCAGCCUUACCCUCCCAAGUCUCUCCAUUCUAUUUUAUGUGGACUCUUGCGUCUUUAUCGUGAGAAAGGAGGUUCGUUCAAUUUUUUGGAUAAAAAAGAUGCUCGAUUUACUGACCUAAACAAGACACUUGACACAGUAUGUAGUACACUUCAUGCUGAAGGUAUAGGUGCAUCUACUACCCCAGCACCUAUUAUAUCUAUGGAUGAUGAGGAGCUUUUGUUGAAUACUCAAGUUAUGUCUAUGGAAAAUCCGACUUCCCUUCAAUUUAUGGUUUUCUUUUACGUUGGAAUCCACUGUUGCUUAAGAGGUGGACAGGAACAGAGAGACCUGUCGUUUAAAAACUUCACUCGUUCACCGCUUGAUGUUACUCAGUAUAAUGAAGAUACCUAUUACGUCUAUACUGAAUUCAUAUCAAAGAAUAACCUACAUAGGUACAAAGACAUUCAUUCUAAAAACAAAACUGUGAAGAUCUAUUCUGACGUGGGAUCAAGAAAGUGUGUUGUCCAGUUGCUAGAUUUUUAUUUCUCUAAACUACCUCCUGAUCCCAAGGCUUUCUAUGUACGACCGUUAUCUAAUAUUCCUGAAGGAGAAAAGCCUUGGUAUGCAAAUGUGCCUGUUGGUAUUAAUACCCUACGCAAUAUGUUAAAAUGA